AUGGUUUCUAUAAAUUCUGAGCUCUCCAUUGCCAUCAUUGGCGGAGGCAUUGGUGGGCUGGUUCUUGCUCUACAACUCGAAGCUGACGGAUUCCGCAACAUUACCAUCUUCGAAGCCUCCCGCUCACUGAAAGCCAUUGGCUCCGGGAUCAACUUGCAGCCCUCAGCCGUGCUGGUUCUGCGCAACUUGGGGCUGUUAGCAGCGCUUGAAGAUACGGGGAUUAAAACUGCUGAAUUGAGGUAUUACAAUCGGCAUGGGCACUAUGUUGUUUCUGAAAAGAGGGGGGAGGAAGCUGGGUAUUUAGUGCCACAGUUCUCGGUGCAUAGAGGCAUGUUGCAUGAGUUGCUAUUUAAAACGGUUCGGGAAAGGUUGGGCGAGAAUUGCGUGCAAUCCGAUCAUGUGUUUACUUCCUACUCGCAAGAUGAGGGAGGCAUUACUGCCCACUUCACGAGAAGGUCAGAUCCAUCUCGACCUGCUGAAAUCCAGUCGAAAACCACGGAUAUACUUGUAGCUGCCGAUGGCAUCAACUCCACUGCACGCCGCCUCCUGUAUCCGGAUGAAGGCCCGCCGAAUUUCUCCGGACGUAUGCUAUGGCGUGGCGUCUCGCUCAGAGAGCCCUUCCUCACGGGACGCAGUAUGGUAUGGGCUGGUCACGCGGACCAGAAGUUCAUCGCAUAUCCUGUGGGACGAGAAGCAGAACGGGAAGGGAAGUCUCUGGUGAAUUGGAUUGCUGAGCUGAGAGUUAGAGACAAGGACGAUCCUGACCUGACGCCACCAGUGGCUGAUUGGGGCAAGGUAGUCCCGAAAUCGAGGUUUGCGAGCAAGUUUGACAGUUGGACUUUUGGAUUCUUAAGUAUACCGGAACUUAUUGCUGAGACAGCUGAAGUGUCCGAAUUUCCUAUGUGUGAUAGGACGCCGGUGGAUAGGUGGAGCUUUGGGAGAAUAACACUUUUGGGCGAUGCUGCUCAUCCGCUAUAUCCAAUUGGAUCAAAUGGCGCGAGUCAAGCCGUCCUUGACGCCGUGGCUCUGUCUUCUGCUCUGCAAAACGAGCAAGAUGUACCAAAGGCUCUGGCGAAUUAUCAAGAUGUACGUUUACCGCCAACUGCGAAGAUCUGCCUUGCCAAUAGAGCAAACGGGCCGGAUCAUGUACUUCAAUUGGCACAUGAGCGUGCUCCGGACGGAUUUGAGAACAUCGAUGAUAUUAUUGGAAGUUUGGAGCUCGAAGACGUUGGUCGGGCGUACAAGCUCUUGGCUGGGUUUGAUAUGGAAUCUGUCAACAGAAAGGCAGAAGAGACGGAGGGCUUGUGGGACACAAAAAGCAAAGGAAAAGGGACGAAGAAUUAA